CACUUCAAACACAAAUCAGAAGAAAGUAACCGACCCAAAAAUAAAUGUCUACCUUUCUUUGUUUCCUCUUACUCUUCCUUAUCUCUUUGAUCUUCUUUAAAAAGCUUUCAUCAACGAAAGGGAAGCUCCCUCCGGGACCCAAGGGUCUUCCAAUCAUCGGAAACUUGCACCAACUUGGAAGAUUUCUUCACAAAUCUCUUCACAAAUUCUCCCAAGAAUAUGGACCGGUGAUGCUUCUCCGUUUUGGGGUAGUCCCUGUGAUCAUUAUCUCCUCAAAAGAAGGAGCUGAGGAAGUGCUCAAGACUCAUGAUCUUGAGACUUGUAGCCGUCCCAAGACGGUCGGAGCAAGGUUGUUUACUUACAACUUUAAUGACAUUGGUUUCGCUCCUUUCGGUGAGACAUGGAGAGAGAUGAGGAAAAUCGCUGUGCUCGAGCUCUUUAGCCAGAAGAAACUCAAGUCUUUCAGGUACAUUAGAGAGGAAGAGAGCGAAGUGUUGGUCAAGAAGGUAUCAUCAAAAGCUGCUGAUGAGACACAAACCUCAUCAUCAGUUAAUCUGAGGAAAGUCAUUUUCUCCUUCGCAGCCAGCAUCAUUUGUAGACUAGCUUUUGGACAGAACUUCCACGAGUGUGACUUUGUCGAUAUGGAGAGAGUAGAAGAGUUGGUGCUCGAGUCAGAGACUAACCUUGGUUCCUUGGCGUUCGCCGACUUCUUCCCUGCGGGAUGGCUCAUAGACCGGAUCUCCGGUCAGCAUUCAAGGGUCAAGAAAGCCUUUGCUAAACUCACCAAUUUCUUUGAGCAUGUGAUCGAUGAUCAUUUGAAGACUGGACAACCCCAAGAUCACUCGGACAUCAUCAGUGUCAUGCUGGACAUGAUCAAUAAACCCACAAAACCUGAUUCCUUCAAAGUCACCGAUGACCAUCUCAAAGGAGUCAUGUCGGAUGUGUUCUUGGCUGGAGUGAACGCGGGAGCCAUCACGAUGAUAUGGACGAUGACAGAGCUAAGCAGACAUCCGAGAACCAUGAAGAAGCUCCAAGAAGAGAUUCGAGCAACACUCGGAUCCAACAAAGAGAGAAUCACAGAAGAAGACCUAGAGAAAGUUGAGUACUUGAAGCUAGUGAUCGAGGAAACGUUUAGAUUGCAUCCACCAGUUCCUCUCUUGCUUCCAAGACUAACAAUGUCCGACAUCAAGAUUCAAGGCUACAACAUCCCCAAGAACACGAUGAUCCAAAUCAACACUUACGCGAUAGGACGUGAUCCCAAAUACUGGACCAAACCCGAGGAGUUUAUCCCCGAGAGGUUUGUCGAUAACCCUAUCGAAUACAAAGGAAAGCAUUUUGAGCUUUUGCCGUUUGGAGCCGGACGUAGGACUUGUCCUGGGAUGGGCACAGGGAUCACCAUCGUCGAGCUUGGCCUUCUUAACCUUCUUUACUUCUUUGAUUGGAGUUUGCCUGAGGGAAUGACCAUCAAAGACAUUGACAUGGAAGAAGACGGAGCUUUUGCCAUCACCAAGAAAGUUCCUCUAGAGCUCGUACCAACUCUUCAUCGCUGGUGAAUCAUGUAAUCAUUUUAAUAAGAUGCAGAUUUCUAUAUGUUUGUCUACUUACGAUAGGUUUGGUUUUGUUUUCUCUUAACUUGUUUUACGCUUAUCCUGUCUUGUGAUCGGUAUGUUACUAAUAAUGUUUCAAUAAUGUCUUCAAUAAUACUUAUGUUGAUCUAAAAUAGCAUCGUUCAUUUAUU